AGCUAACAAGUAAACCCAACCUUGGGCUUCAAUAAUUCAUCUGGCGCUGAAUAAAUUAUUGAAAUAUGUAAAUCAAUCAGCAGCGACCGUCGGAAAAAUAGAGCCUCGUGUUCCACCAAUAGGAGUUAGAGAUUCACCCCUCUGCGGAGUCUCAACCAAUCAGAGAAGCACUUCCGCCAUUUCCUGUUGUGGGCUCGGGAGUUGCACGGAGCAUUCCUCUGGUCCAGAAUGUGAAUUAAAUGCCCCAGCCGAAAUGUGCAUGGACCACUUUACUUUGCUUCUGCAAAGCUGUUGCUCAUGAUGGAGUUGUAUAUCAUGGGCCUCGGAGAUGGCAGGUAUCGGCUGUUGCACCUGAUGUCAUGUCGCGUGUGUUGAUAUUCCCUUGACAACCGCGGAUCGGAUACCAAUAUACAGGGGCCAUCAUGCCCAUCACCAUGCUGUGGGCCGUGGAUGUGUACGGCCGGGUGUACAGCCUCUCCACAGCUGGCCAGCGCUGGGAGCGAGCAGACGACAUGCUGCUGGAGCUGAAGCGCGUCACCGCGGGGAAGGGCCGCUGCUGGGGCAUCGGCUGCGACCACCACGUUUAUCUCAACAUGAUGCCCAGUGAGACCUCCAUCCGCUACCGGGAGGAGACCUAUGAAAACCAGAGGUGGAACCCUGUGGAUAACUUCACUGACACGCUGCUGCCCACAGACCGCUGGCCGUGGAGCGACGUGACCGGGAUGAACCCUCAGCCUCUGCACAGCUUCCAACUGCCGUCACGCAGCUGGGAGUGGGAGGGGGACUGGUACGUGGACCAGAGCGCGGGGGGGGAGCCCAGCCAGACCGGGGGUUGGGAGUAUGCAGUCGAUUUCCCGGCUAACUUCUCUCCGGACAAGAAGUGGAACUCUUGUGUUCGUCGGAGGCGGUGGAUCCGCUACAGGAGAUACACAGCACAGGGCUCCUGGGCCAAGAUCCCCCUGGACAACCCCAGGAAGCCCCCCCUGCCGCUCUGUGACAUCAGCUGUGGUGGCUGGGAGUUAAGCGACCAGUCUGGAAGGUAUCCCUACCUCUGGGGUGUUUCCCAACAAGGAGAGGUGUGGUUCAGGGAGGGCAUCCACCCUCGGGUGCCGGAGGGCUCCAGCUGGGAGGAGAUAGAAAUGCCCAAGGAGGUGGCUCAGUUAUCGGCGGGCCCCGGGGACCUGCUGUGGGUCGUUCUGUGGGACGGGAACCUGCUGGUCCGUACUGGCCUCAGCCUGGACUGCCCGACUGGCACAUCGUGGGUGGAAGUUGAAUCCCCAACGAAGGAGAUGGAAGCGCUGCAUGUGUCUGUUGGAGUGAGCGUGGUCUGGGUGGUCACUAAAGACUAUAAGGUGUGGUUCAGGCGUGGCGUGAACUCUCACAACCCCUGUGGCUCCGGCUGGAUCAGCAUCGGAGGGGAGAUGAUGGUGGUAGAUGUGGGACUCAAUGACCAGGUGUGGGCUGUAGGUGAGGACCGCGGGCUGUAUUUCAGGAUGGGUGUGACGCUGACUGAGCCAAGUGGGAGCGGCUGGAUUCCUGUUUCGGGCCAAUGGGGAAACAACAAAGAGUUUAUCCCACCCAGGAAGGAGUGUGAGUUUGGGGGUCAGCUGACUGAUGCCUCUCGGGCCUCGGUUCUGAGCUGCACUGACUCAGACUCAGAGUUGGGUCCAGCCGAACCACCAAAUAGCAGCAAAGACGCUGCCGUCCUGGAAGCAGCAGCCUCCUCUGUUGUCCCUUUAGGAAGAGCUGACACACCUACGCCCCCCCUGAAAUCAGAUGACACCCCCUCAGCCUCCCUACAGGAUGCCCCCAAAACAUUCAUCCCUGCAAGUGACAGCUUCAUUAACAGCCUGGUGUCAGACAGAGACAAAACCUCCACCCCACAGCAGUCCAUCACAGAGGCACCGCAAGAGGAGGUGGAGGAGCCGUCCCCAGCCCUGAUAGCCCUGACCCCGGGGACCGUGAGGCCUGACGUCCCCUGGAUGAAUGUGGAUCUGGAGGGGGCCGGAGCAGCUCGAUGUGCGCAGGCGGCAGGACCCUCGUUGGGGGAUGGCAGUGCUGCUGCCACCUAUGCCCUGGGGACCCUGGAGACCCCUCAGGGGGUUGGAGAAGCGGACGCGCCCGUGUGGACCUGGAUCUCUGGGGGGGGCUGCGAUGUGGACGCCAGUUCUCAGAUCAGCUGGCUCAGUCCCACAGGUCCACUCACCAGCUCUCUGUCACUGACUCCAGUUCAGUCAGCGGCCUGGAGCGAGCAGCAGCAGCAGGAACACCGAGAGGAGAUCAGCAGGAAGCCGCUGGAGAGAAGCCACUCGGUGUGGGUGCGUAAAGGUGCGCUGCGCUGGAUGAGGGACUGGAAGCCUCAGCGCUGGGUGGAUGUGAGUGUUGCUCUGGAGCAGUCCACCAAGUCUGACGGCAGGAAGGACAGCAUCUUCUUUGUCUACUACACACAGUAUGACGAGAAGAAGUACCUGCAUGUGUGUAUAAAUGAAGUGACGGCGCUGGUUCCAGUGCUCAGGGACUGCCACCAUGCCUUUGCUGUGUACACCACCCAAAGGACCAAACAGAGGGGGCCUCUGGUGCUGGCAGCACAAACUGAGAAGGACAUGAAUGACUGGUUGAGCCUGUUGUCUGACUGUUGCUGUGAGGGUCGAGGGAUCGCCGGCCCCCCCUCCAGACAGGCGCUGUGGUCCACCACCUCAAAGGGAGACAUCAUGGUCCACGAGCCGUCCUUCUCCCUGGAGGCUGCUGCGCACACACUGGCCUGUGACCUCAUGUUCUGGCGCCAGGUCCCGGGUCACCUGCGCUGUGUAGAGUCUAACAGUCUGGGGCUGGUGUGGGGCGUUGGGUGGGACGGCACCGCCUGGGUCUACAGUGGUCGCUAUGGGCAACCGACCGCCCCUGCAGGAGAUGAGGUUCAGAUGCUCCAGCAGACUGAUUUCAGGAGUGUCCAUGUGUAUGAGAAUCAAAGAUGGAACCCUAUGACUGGAUAUACAGACAAAGGACUUCCUACAGACCGUGCGAUGUGGAGUGAUGAGAGCGGACUGAAUGAGUGCACCAAAGGAAACACAAACCCUCCCACCCCUCAGUGGUCCUGGGUGUCAGAGUGGACUGUGGAUUACAACGUUCCUGGAGGGACAGACAAAGAGGGCUGGCAGUACGCUGCAGACUUCCCUGUGACGUUUCAUGGCCACAAAACCAUGAAAGACUUUGUGAGGCGCAGAAGAUGGACGAGGAAGUGUAAGAUCACGUUGAGAGGUCCAUGGCAGCAGGUCCCGCCCAUCCGUCUGAGUGACAUCUCUCUGAUGCCGUGCCUGGCGCAGAGCAGCAUGGAGCAGGUCCCUCUGUGGGCCCUCAGCGAUAAGGGGGAUGUGCUGUGUCGCCUGGGAGUCAGACCCCAAAACCCUGAGGGCAGCUCCUGGCUUCAUGUCGGCACAGAUCAGCCCUUCAAGUCCAUCUCCAUCGGCGGGGCCAACCAGGUGUGGGCCAUCGCUAAGGACGGAGCUGUGUUCUACAGAGGCUCCGUGUCCCCUCAAAACCCUGCAGGAGAGUGCUGGUACCACAUCCCGUCCCCCCCCAGGCAGACCCUCAGACAGCUGUCUGUUGGGAGGACCUCCGUCUUUGCUGUGGAUGAAAACAGUAACCUGUGGAUCAGACAGGGCCUCACCCCCAGCUACCCCCAGGGCUCUGCCUGGGAGCUCAUCUCCAACAACGUCAGCAAGGUUACCGUGGGGCCGCUGGACCAGGUGUGGAUCAUUGCAGAUGGAGUUCCAGGUUUCACUUCUGAACCCCCCGGAGCGGUCUGCCACAGGCUGGGGGUCGGUCCCAUGCAGCCCAAGGGCCAGGCCUGGGACUUUGGUAUAGGGGGAGGAUGGGAGCACAUCAGUGUGAGGGGGAACUCAGUGGAGGCUCCUCGUGCCCCUCAUGUUCCGGCUGUGGGACCCCCGCGCAGCCCGCUCCCCCCGCUGCCCCCGACACAAGUCAACGGGAGUGCUGUGGGUGUGUAGCAUCCUCCUCUUCUUCCUCCUCUUCCUCCUACCCGGCCCUGUCUGUGCCUGGAUCCACAUUCUUCUUCUUGGACCAUUCCUACCCUUCAUGUCGAGGGGAUGCACAAUCUGGGUUUAGACUGUUUACUUUGGUUGGAUUUGACCCCUGAUCAAUGGAUGAAUGUUACUCCCUGGAUCGUUUCCUUGGUAGGAAUCAUGUCAGUGUGCGGUGAAGACAAAACAGAAAAGGGAUCUUGAAAUAUUGUGGGAUGAAAAUGUAAAAGGCAGCGCAUGUGUGUGCUUUAGGCUAUGUUCAUUGGGUGUUUAGGGAUCUAGCAAUAGCUUUUAUUCUUGUAUACUAAAUCCUGUGAUAACCUGAGAGGGCGGGACUUUGAUAAAGGGUUAGGGUUCGGUUACUAAACUAACUUCAAACACACAAUCCCACUGUAGCCUAAACUGUCUCGGUUUAUAGAAGUUUGUUUGUUUUUGCCGGUCGUACAUUUGCAUGUGAUUUUAUUUAUUAUUUUAUUUAUUUAUUGCACUUUUGUUGAUUUUUGAUUGUCCAUAUAUUUUGGUCUAUUAUGUUUGCAAUGGAGUGUAUUGUUUCGCCCUUAUUGCUACAACAAGGCAAAAUGUGAGAUCUUCCCACUUCUACAAUGUUCUAUACUUACAAGCGACUCCAGAGGUAUAUAUAAAUAAUCAUUCUACAUUACCAAACAUCUCUAUCUUCCUGCAAUAAGUACAGUUCUUCCUGUCAGUAUUAUAUCCACACAUACUCCUGCUAUGACAUGACAUGACGGUGACUGUUGAACUUCCACAGUAGGUCUAAAUAUCACCAUGACUCGACAUUCAUCUUACAAGGGCAUUGAAAUGUGAAAUAAAAAUCUAAAAAAUG